GCUGUGUCAGCAUCGGUAAAACAGGAAUCGUGGUGUCGGCACAUACGUAGAGAAGGAGCGCACUAUUGUGCGACAAGGACAGAAAUAGUGAUUAAUUCCACCAUUUCACCACUACGUGGUGAUAGUCUUUCAACGAAGUUGCAGUCGUUCAGCAUGAUCCCCAAGCCUGAAUUUUCUUUUGGAGACGGAUUCUUUGCAAUUGGUUGCAUUUCUUUAUCCAUUUGGGAUUUAGUCUCCCUUUGCUUGAUAUGCUGAAAUAAAUAACCAUUAAAAAUUAAGUAUCUUCAGUAUAUCCAAUUACUUAUUGCUUAUUAUUACUUAUUUUUCUUUUUCUUGCAAACAAAGAUCCAUAAUAUAUAUAACAUUUUUUGCUCAAAAUGACCUC